AUGUGUAAUGCAAAUGAACCUGGCAAAAGAAUAACAUAUAGAAGAAAGAACCCUAAUUUAGUACUUGAAAAAUGUCUGCAAAAACUGUAUGCUGAAGCUAGGGAAAAGAAUAGCAAACAUGAACCUGUGUUGCGGGAAGCAAUGUCAUCCCUAUCUAAAUAUCCCUUACCAUUAAAAUCCGGCGCAGAAUGUGCAAUACUCAAGGGUUUCAGUAGACCUUUAUGCAUGCUUCUAGAUAAAUAUUUGUCAGAAUCUUGUUUAAAAGAUAAUAAUAAAGAUAUCCCCCAUGCUGAACACUAUGUCUCUCCAAUGAAAAGCUCAGAUGCAGGUGCAAGCACUGAUGUUAAUGGCGAGGGAUCGCAAGGGGAUAAGCAAUUAUGUAAGAAAGGUACUUACAAACCAGCUUUUCGAUCUGGUGGUUAUGGCAUACUUUUGGGCCUUUUAGAACAUACAAGGAAAAAUUUAAGUAAUGCCUUAAAAAAAGAGGAUUUGAUAGAAAUAGCUCAGAAGUAUUGUGAAGAGUCAUAUGUAGUCUCUAAAUCAGUAAGAUAUUCAGCUUGGUCUAGCAUAGCUAGGUUACUCACCAAGGGUCUAGUUAAAAAGAGUGGAGGUAAGAAAAUUGAAUAUUCACUGACGGAGGAAGGGUUGUUAGUGGCAGAUAAAUUGUGGGAAGAAAAUGAAAAUAAACCUUCAAGUAAUGAUGUAAUUUUCAACAAUUCUACUAGUAAAGUAUUAAAUGUGCUCAGUGAAAACGUCCAUCAUGUAAAGUUUUCAUUUAGAGAAGAUAUGGGUAAAAUUAAUGAGAAAUAUGGAUUAGAUGACCAUAUUAUUAACAUGCCUCCAGGCUCCUAUGAUAUUAUAUUAAUAAUUGAUAAGAAUGAGAAAAAUGGAAACUCAGAUAGACAAGAUCCUUUUCGAAUAUAUCCAGACCUCAGGUAUGAAUCCAGAAGUCUUAAAGUAGGAGACUUCACUUGGGUUGCUAGACAUAAAGAAUAUGGUUGGGAACUGGUUUUGCCAUAUAUCGUCGAAAGGAAGAGAAUGGAUGAUUUAGGAGCUAGCAUUAAAGAUGGCAGAUUUCACGAGCAGAAAUUUAGGCUAAGAAAAUGUGGCUUACAAAAUGUGUUCUACUUAGUUGAGUCACAUGAUAAAAACAAACAUGUUGGUCUGCCCCUACCAUCGCUCAUGCAAGCUCUAGCUAAUACUAGAAUUCAGGAUGGAUUUAAAGUGUACUUUACAGAUUCAUUAAUCAAAAGUCAGAGAUUUUUGGCCAUGAUGACGAAACGUAUAAUAGUAGAAUAUAAGAAUAAACAGUUACGCGGUACUAAUGAUACAGUUAAUGGACUACUAAUGACUUUUGAUUAUUUUAAUAAAUCAUCAGUGAAGUCCAAAAUUUUGACUGUCACAGAAAUGUUUCUUAAGGUGUUGCUUCAACUAAAAGGGAUGUCUGUUGAGAAAGCAUUGGGCAUAAUCAAGGUGUAUAAGACACCAAAAUCUCUCAUAUCAGCUUACCAAGACUGUGAUGAAAAAGUAGGAGCAAAUCUCUUGGCUAAUUUAAAGUAUGGUGAUUUAAAUAGAAACUUAGGCCCAAGUCUUAGUAAAGCAGUUUUUCACUUGUUUACAUGA